GUCACGAGAGCGCGCGUGUUGCCACGGACGCCUGUCUCGUCGCUAGGAACGAACGAACGACGGGAGGAACAAAACAAUACUUCCGGGUCAAGAGAGUAAACGCUUAUCCACGUGAGUUACCAAAGUGGGCAAAGUGAAGCGAUCAGCUCUGCAAAGACACAUCGAUCAGGAGUCUGUGCCCAGGCAGCCAGACAAACCUUUGCCUGAGGCAUGGUGAAACCAGAACAAAAAGUGGAAAUGAAGAUGCAGGAGAAGAAGAGUGAGGAGAAUUCUAUCAAGAAGAAGAAACAAAAGAAAGGACAGACCUCUGUGCCUGAAGAGAAAAACUACGGGGUUGAUGAUGGGAGCCGGGUGGAGGUGAAAAAAGAAAAGAAGAAAAGCAAAAGAGUUGAGACAAUGGUUAUAGAAGAGGAGGUGUCAGACGGAGGCGGUGAGAAAGAGGAGAAGAAGAAAAACAGCAAAAGGAAAAAUGGUAAUGAUGCAAUCAAGUCGGCAAAAGAUGGAGUCAAAAAGAAGAAGAAGCAGCAGCAGCUGGCUGAUGAUAUGAAUCAAGUGGACGUUGUUCAGAGUUCGGUGAAAGAAGAAUUGGAAAAGAACGAAAGGAAAGAGAAGAAAGUAAAGACUAAAUCUGUUCAAAUUAAAGCUGAAAAUGUAAAGAUACCGAAAGAAGAGGAAGAAAAACAGCAAGCUGGAGACCAUGAUGCGCCAAAGAAAGCCAAGAAAGUAAAAAACAAUAGUUUAGCUGUAGGCACAGAAGUGACUGAGGAACAGAGUAAAGAAAAGAAAAAGAAGAAAAAGAAAUCCUCUGAGGAAGCCAACACUGUAGCUAUCAAUAAACUGACUACAACAAAAAAUGAACCUGAUGUGGGUGAGAAAGGACUGAAGUUAGAAACGGCAGCAGGGGAGACUGAGGUCGUGGAGGUAAAGGAAAAAAAAAAGAUGAAAAAAGAGGCGAAAACUAAAGAAGAUGAAAAUGAAGAAGAGACACACGCGAUAAAAGGCAAAAAGAAGAGCAAAGCGAAAAAGAAGGAAAAGGACAAUAUGCUGGACGAGAGUGAGAUUAUUAUAGAGGAAGGGAAGACUGAGCACAUGAAGAAAGGAAAAAAAGGAAAGAGUAGAAAAGCUUCUGGGGAGGUAUGUGAAGUAGAAGAGAUGGAGCCAAAGAAAAAGAAGAGGAAAAAGGACGACUCAAAAGGAGAGGAAGAGACGUUAUUGAUGGAUUGUGAAGAAAGCGAGGCGGACAGGCUGAGCGGGGAAACUCCCGUCGCAGUGGCGGGUGACACAACGAGCAGGAAAAGCAAAAAGAAGAAGAGCUCUGUUCAGGUGAAUCAGACGGAGGCAGACGUUGGAGUUGAAACUGAUGCAACGAAGAAAAAGAAAAAGAAGAAAAGGGUCAAAGAAGAGGUGGAAGAGCAACAGGAGUCCCCCAAUGUGGACGUGGUGUCAGAGAAGAGCGGAAACACUGACGAGAUCGACACCAACCAGGAGAGAAGACAGACUGACGAGGCCUCUGGACAUGAAAACCCAGCUAAAUCCUUGGGUUUGGGUCAGUGGAGCACAGCAGAGUUCAGCAGCUCUCAACAGCAGCAGAAGUUUCUCCGCCUGAUGGGCGGCUUCAAAAAGGGUUUCCAGCCAGCUGCAGCGGGCACUGGUGGAGCACACAUGGCAAUGGGGAAAGACGCACAGCAGCAGUUACAGCAAGGGCUUCUGGGAGAGUUUGAGCGCGCUCACUCACGCAGAAUGGACUUCAGUAGCAAGGGGGCAGGACUUGGAUUCGCCGCACCGUCCAAUAAGAAGUUCUCUAUUGACAUCAACACAUGUCGAUCGGUCCGCUUUGACAAUUGAGCAAAGUGUGAUUGAAAGGUUUUGUAAAUUGUUGAUUCAUACGCUUGGCUGUCUGCUCGUGUUCCUGGAGAAUGUUUAAACGUACAUAUAAAUGAAACUCAAGCAUUGAACACAACACAAUGUCAUUUGUUCGUACUGGACAUUAAACAUCGUUCUGCCUGAGGAACUGGACUGUUAACGUAACAGAGAAUCUGUUUGAUCAAAUGAAUGCGAUUUCAAAUGGGUCACUUUGCAUUGUGACAGUGUAAAAUGUUCUUGUAAUUUCAAGAACAUUAAACUGAAAGAAUCAGAGUUAAUUACUAUAUUCUAAUUACGCAAAAUGUGUCUGCUGACAUGCAAUGUUGGAUGACAUCCAGUAUUUUAUCUGGACUAUUAAUUAGUCCAGCUAACUCGAGAAUGUGUGUUACAUGUUUUUGUAUUUGAGGCGAUUGUCCUUUCAGUUGAGUAGAUAUAAGCAACUGUGUGUACAAAACUCUACUGAUAACUUCUUUUUUUUUUAAAUUACAUUUGUCUCAUUUCCAUGACUGAAUGCAAAAUUACAACAGUUUCUGGAAGUCAUUUUAUUUCCAUCUUGCAACAUCUGCUGUAAAGUGAUGAGAAUAAGCAAAGACAAAUACACUUUACUGCAGACAUAAAAUGGACACAUGGUCUGCUUGCUUUUUGAAGGCUCAAUUGUUAAAUUCUGAUUGUGCUGGUAAAUAAAGAAAUAUUUGACUAUCAUGUA